CAACCUGAAACUUUUGAUGUUUGUAUUCAUUUAAGACCAAAGGAAGUAUUCUUUUUCUUGACCCACCUUCAUUCAAAAAUGUAGGGGAGCCCUACUCCUAUACCAUACACUGAGUGGGAGUGACACUUAUAAAUGCCACAUUUCCCUCCCAUAACUCAAAACCAUUGCCCUUUCUAAACAAACACUAAUUUGCCCUUUCUACCCUUGGGAAAAGGAAGGGAAAAAAUGAUAGUUGACAGCCUCCAAAGAGAACUCUCAGCUGAUUUCUGCAUCACUGAGGAAAUAAGCUGUGGGAAAAAGAGAGAUGGUAGAUCAAUGGAGAGGAAGAAAAAAUGCCCACAAGUCCAAGACGAUGGCGAGUUCAAAUCCAAAAACCUCAUCGCAGAAAGGAGGCGUCGCGAGAAGCUUAGCCGACGUCUCUUAGAGCUCCGGGCUUCCGUUCCCAACAUAACCAAUAUGACGAAAGAGACGAUAAUAACAGAUGCGAUAAGCUACAUUGAGGAGCUGCAGAGCAAUGUGAAAGAGCUGAGCAAUGUGCUUUUGGAAAUGGGAUCAUCAAAUUGUGGUGGGGUGGAUGAUGAUGAUGAUGAUGUGAAACCAGUGUUGGUUCCACCUUUUUUUUCUUUCAAACCAAACAAUCCCUUAAUUAUCAAGUGUUGGUGUCAACAGGGAGAGGUUCUUGUGGCUCCAAUUGCUGAAAACAAGCUAUGGAUCAAGAUAAUCUGCAAGAACAGAAAAGGUGUUUUCACUAAACUCAUGGAAGCCAUGAAAGGUCUUGGAGCUCAACUCAAUGACACCUCUGCAACUGCCUCUAAAGGCGCCCUUCUCGUCACUUCUACUCUCGAGUUAAGUCGGAGCGGGCGAACAGAGGCUCGUAAAACUCAAGAGUUCUUGGAGCAGAUCAUCAAGAACAUAUAAAGAUUGGGUUUUUCCUUAGAAUUUUGGAUGAGUAUCAGGUUAAUGUUGACACAAAUCUUGAUCCAGAAAAAAAGAAGAAAGGAGGAACAAAAAACAUGACUUAACUAU